AUGCAAGAAAAACAAACUGGAAUCCAUAUAUGUUGCAUCAGGGGUGAAAUGUGCCCACGUGACACAUACGUCAAUAUCACAGAGGAUGCCUUUCAAUGCGUCAGCUGUAAGGAGACAGAGUGGUCUGAAGCAGGAAGUACAUCAUGUAAACUGUGGCUGGUGGAGUACAUACCAUUCACUGACAGUGGAGCAAUACUGGUAAUGGUUGGAACCUUGAUCUUGGUGGGUCUCAUUAUACCUAUUUCUGUUCUUUUUGCAAUCAACUUCAACACUCCUGUAGUCAGAUCUGCUGGAGGGCUGGUGUGCUUCCUUAUCUUAGGCUGCCUCACUUUGUGUAGUCUCAGUGUUUUCUUUUACUUUGGUAAGUCUACAAAUACUUCUUGUGUCAUGAGGUAUUUUCCAUUUCUUUUGUGCUACACAGUUAGCCUGGCAUGUUUUGUGGUGCGAUCUUUUCAGAUUGUUUGUAUUUUUAAAAUAGUUACAAAGAUCCCCGAACUCCAAACCUGGUGGAUAAAAUAUCAUGCUCAGUGGCUGCUCAUUACUGGGACAUUCUCAGCUUAG